AUGACCGAAAUCACAGCAGCCAACGGCACCGGCCGGACUGUGCCUCACGUCAACGGCAAGGCAACGUAUGCCGAGAAGCACAAAAUCGCCGACCACUUCAUUGGCGGCAACAAGCUGAGCAACGCACCGGCCUCCAAGGUCAAGGACUUUGUUGCCCAGCAAGAUGGUCACACCGUCAUCACCAACGUCUUGAUCGCCAACAACGGUAUUGCUGCCGUCAAGGAGAUCCGUUCGGUCCGGAAAUGGGCCUACGAGACGUUUGGCGACGAGAAGGCCAUCCAGUUCACCGUCAUGGCCACCCCUGAGGAUUUGGCUGCCAACGCCGAUUACAUUCGCAUGGCUGACCACUAUGUCGAGGUGCCCGGCGGUACCAACAACCACAACUACGCCAACGUUGAGCUGAUUGUUGAUAUUGCUGAGCGCAUGAACGUCCACGCUGUUUGGGCCGGAUGGGGUCACGCCUCCGAAAACCCCAAGCUUCCCGAAUCCCUCGCUGCCUCUCCCAAGAAGAUCGUCUUCAUCGGACCCCCGGGCUCCGCCAUGCGAUCUCUUGGUGACAAGAUUUCUUCCACAAUUGUUGCACAGCACGCCAAGGUACCCUGUAUCCCCUGGUCAGGUACCGGUGUCGACGCCGUCGAGGUCGACAACCAGGGUAUUGUCACCGUCGCAGAUGACAUCUACUCUAAGGGUUGCGUUACAUCAUGGCAAGAAGGUCUGGAGAAGGCCAAGGCCAUUGGCUUCCCCGUCAUGAUCAAGGCCUCAGAGGGUGGUGGUGGUAAGGGUAUCAGAAAGGCCCUUUCCGAGGACGGCUUCGAGCAGCUGUACAAGGCUGCUGCUGGCGAGAUUCCCGGUUCUCCCAUCUUCAUCAUGAAGCUGGCAGGCAACGCGAGACAUUUGGAGGUGCAGCUGCUUGCUGAUCAGUACGGAAACAACAUCUCCCUCUUUGGCAGAGAUUGUUCCGUCCAGCGUCGUCACCAGAAGAUUAUUGAGGAGGCUCCCGUCACCAUUGCCAAGGACAUCACAUUCAAGGCCAUGGAGGAUGCUGCCGUUCGUCUCGGAAGACUCGUCGGUUACGUCUCUGCUGGUACCGUCGAGUACUUGUACUCGCACGCCGACGACAAGUUCUACUUCCUCGAGCUGAACCCCCGUCUUCAGGUCGAGCAUCCUACCACUGAAAUGGUCAGUGGUGUCAACCUGCCCGCUGCCCAGCUCCAGAUUGCCAUGGGUAUCCCCCUGCACAGAAUCCGCGACAUUCGUCUUCUGUACGGCGUUGAUCCCAGGACAUCCACCGAGAUCGACUUCGAGUUCAAGCAGGAAGGUAGCGAGAAGACGCAGCGUCGCCCCAGACCCAAGGGUCACACCACUGCUUGCAGAAUCACCUCUGAGGACCCCGGUGAAGGAUUCAAGCCCUCCAACGGUGUUAUGCACGACCUGAACUUCAGGAGUUCCUCCAACGUUUGGGGUUACUUCUCCGUCAGUACCGCCUCCAGUAUUCACUCCUUCUCCGAUUCCCAGUUCGGUCAUAUUUUCGCUUAUGGCGAGAACCGUGCUGCUUCCCGUAAGCACAUGGUUGUUGCCCUCAAGGAGUUGAGCAUUCGUGGUGACUUCCGGACAACGGUUGAGUACCUCAUCAAGCUUCUGGAGACCGAGGCUUUCGAGGACAACACCAUCACCACCGGCUGGCUCGACGAGCUCAUCACCAAGAAGCUGACUGCUGAGCGCCCCGACCCCAUGUUGGCUGUCGUCUGCGGUGCCGUUACCAAGGCCCAUCUCUUCAGCGAGGAGUGCAUGACUGAGUACCGUACCAGCUUGGAGAAGGGUCAGGUUCCCUCCAAGGACAUUCUCAAGACCGUUUUCGCCAUCGACUUCAUCUAUGAGGGUUUCCGCUACAAGUUCACCGCCACCCGUGCCAGCGUCGACAGCUACCACCUCUUCAUCAACGGCUCCAAGUGCUCUGUCGGUGUCCGUGUCCUCAGUGAUGGUGGUUUGCUUAUCCUUCUUGAUGGUCGAUCCCACAGUGUUUACUGGAAGGAGGAAGUCGGUGCCACUCGUCUUUCCGUUGACGGCAAGACCUGCUUGCUCGAGCAGGAGAACGACCCUACCCAGCUCCGCACUCCCUCCCCCGGUAAGCUCGUCAAGUACUUGGUUGAGAACGGCGAGCACGUCAAGGCUGGCCAGCCUUUCGCCGAGGUUGAGGUCAUGAAGAUGUACAUGCCCCUCAUCGCUUCCGAGGAUGGUCUUGUCCAGCUCAUCAAGCAGCCGGGAGCCACUCUCGAGGCUGGUGACAUUCUGGGAAUAUUGGCCCUUGAUGACCCCAGCCGCGUCAAGCAGGCUUCGCCUUUCGUCGGUCAGCUCCCCGUCUAUGGCGAGCCUGUUGCUGUCGGAACCAAGCCUGCCCAGAGAUUCGAUCUUCUGCACAACACCCUGAAGAACAUUCUGCUCGGCUACGACAACUCCGUCAUCAUGGCAGCCACCCUGAAGCAGCUCAUCGAGGUCCUCCGCACUCCCGAGCUUCCCUUCAGUCAGUGGAAUGCCCAGUUCGCUGCGCUGCACAGCCGUAUGCCCCAGAAGCUCGACGCCCAGUUCACCCAGAUUGUCGACCGUGCCAAGAGCCGUCACGCAGACUUCCCCGCCAAGGCCUUGGCCAAGGCAUUCCAGAAGUUCCUCGAGGACAAUGUCGCUGCUGGCGAUGCUGACAUGCUCAAGACCACUCUGGCCCCCUUGACUGAUGUCUUGAACGCAUACUCCGAGGGAACCAAGGCCCACGAGUUAACCGUCAUCAAGGACCUCUUGGCUUCGUACAUUGAGAUCGAGCGCCUGUUCACUGGUUACGGAACCCAGGAGGACAGCGUCAUCCUCAAACUGCGUGACCAGAACAAGGAUGAUAUCCGCAAGGUUGUUCAGACUGUUCUUUCUCACAGCCGUGUUGGUGCCAAGAGCUCGCUGAUCCUUGCCAUCCUCGAGGAGUACCGCCCCAACAAGCCCAACGUCGGAAAUGUCGCCAAGUACCUCCGCACUGCCCUGCAGCAGUUGACUGAGCUUCAGUCUUCCCGCACCACCUCCAAGGUGUCUCUCAAGGCCCGUGAGAUCAUGAUCCAAUGCUCUCUGCCAUCUCUUGAGGAGCGUACCGCCCAGAUGGAGCACAUUCUCCGCUCUUCCGUCGUGGAGUCUCGUUAUGGUGAGGCCGCCUGGGACCACCGUGAGCCCAGCCUGGAGGUUAUCAAGGAAGUUGUUGACUCCAAGUACACCGUCUUCGACGUCUUGACCCUCUUCUUCGCUCACGAGGACCCUUGGGUCUCUCUUGCUGCCCUUGAGGUUUACGUUCGUCGUGCCUACCGUGCGUAUAUCCUCAAGCAGAUUGAGUACCACUCUGAUGAGACCGAUACCCCUCUCUUCUGCACCUGGGACUUUGCUCUCCGCAAGAUCGGCCAGAGCGAGUACGGACUGCCUCUUCAGUCCGCCGCACCCUCCUCUCCCGCCACUCCCAGCGGCAGCGGCGGCUCGUUCGACUUCAAGCGCAUCCACUCCAUCAGCGACAUGUCCUACCUCAACCACAAGUGGGACUCUGAGCCCAACCGCAAGGGUGUCAUCGUGCCCGUCAAGUACCUCGACGACGCCGAGGACUUGCUCGGAAAGGCUCUUGAGACCUUGACCGUCUCUGAGAAGGCCAGAAAGCGCAGCACCCCCGGUCUCAUUCCUGACUUGAGCGGCAAGCGCAAGCCUGCUGCCCCCAAGGUCGACUCUGACGAGCUCUCCGCCGUCAUCAACGUUGCUGUCCGCGAUGCCGAGAGCAAGAGCGACCAGGAGAUCCUUUCUCGCAUCGUGCCCAUUGUCGAGCAGUUCAAGGAGGAGCUUCUCAACCGCAACGUCCGCCGUAUCACCUUCAUCUGCGGUCGCAACGACGGUGCCUACCCCGGCUACUACACCUUCCGUGGCCCCGAGUAUGUUGAGGAUGAUAGCAUUCGCCACAGUGAGCCCGCUCUCGCUUUCCAGCUUGAGCUCGGAAGACUUGCCAAGUUCCACAUCAAGCCCGUCUUCACUGAGAACAAGAACAUCCACGUUUACGAGGGUGUCGGCAAGGCCGUCGACGGUGACAAGCGUUACUUCACUCGCGCUGUCAUUCGUCCCGGCCGUCUCCGUGAUGAGAUCCCUACUGCUGAGUACUUGAUCUCUGAGGCCGACCGCGUUAUCAACGACAUCUUUGACGCUCUUGAGAUCAUUGGCAACAACAACUCCGAUUUGAACCAGGUCUUUAUCAAUUUCACCCCUGUGUUCCAGCUUCACCCCCAGGAGGUUGAGAGCAGUCUCCAAGGCUUCCUGGACCGCUUCGGAGCCCGCGCUUGGCGUCUUCGUGUCGCCCAGGUUGAGAUUCGUAUUAUCUGCACUGAUCCCGACACUGGCGUCCCCUACCCUCUACGUGUCAUCAUCACCAACACCUCUGGAUACGUUGUUGAUGUUGACAUCUACGCUGAGCGCAAGUCCGAGAAGGGCGAGUGGGUCUUCAACAGCAUUGGCGGUACCAAGGAGAAGGGUCCCAUGCACCUGUUGCCUGUCUCGACUCCCUAUGCCACCAAGAACCCUCUGCAGCCCAAGCGUUACAAGGCUCACUUGAUGGGUACUCAGUACGUCUACGAUUUCCCCGAGCUCUUCCGCCAGGCCAUCCAGAACAGCUGGACCCAGUCGGUCAAGAAGCACGGCGCACUGGGCGCUCAGCAGCCCAAGUCUGGCGAGUGUGUCUCGUACACUGAGCUCGUUCUGGACGACAAGGACACUCUUCAGGAGGUCAACCGCGAGCCUGGUACCAACACCUGCGGUAUGGUUGGUUGGAUCUUCAACGCCAAGACCCCCGAGUACCCCAAGGGCCGCAAGUUCAUUGUUGUUGCCAACGAUAUCACUUACAUGAUCGGUUCUUUUGGCCCUAAGGAGGAUAACUUCUUCUACAAGUGCACUGAGCUCGCUCGCAAGCUUGGUAUCCCCCGCAUCUAUCUAUCUGCUAACUCUGGUGCCCGUCUCGGUGUCGCCAACGAGCUUAUGCCCUACUUCAAGGUCGCGUGGAACGACGCCAACAAGCAGGACAACGGCUUCAAGUACCUCUACCUCGACGACGAGGCCCAGAAGCGUUUCGCCAAGGACGUCAUCACCGAGGAGAUCUCCGAGGACGGUGAGAAGCGCCACAAGAUUGUCACCAUUGUCGGUCAGGAGGACGGUCUUGGUGUUGAGUGUCUGAGAGGAUCUGGUCUCAUCGCUGGUGCGACGAGCAAGGCCUACAACGACAUCUUCACCAUCACCUUGGUCACUUGCCGUUCCGUCGGUAUUGGUGCCUACCUCGUCCGCCUUGGUCAGCGUGCUGUCCAGAUCGAGGGCCAGCCCAUCAUUCUCACUGGUGCCCCUGCCUUGAACAACGUUCUUGGUCGCGAGAUCUACACCUCCAACUUGCAGCUUGGUGGCACUCAGAUCAUGUACCGCAACGGUGUCUCCCACAUGACCGGUACUGAUGACUUUGAUGGUGUUUCCAAGAUUGUAGAGUGGAUGUCCUUCAUCCCCGAGAAGCGUGGCAGCCCCAUUCCAGUCAGCCCCAGCACCGACGGCUGGGACCGCGAUGUCGUCUACACGCCUCCCCAGAAGCAGGCUUACGAUGUCCGCUGGAUGAUUGGCGGUCACCCCACCGACAACGGUGGCUUCGAGGCUGGUCUUUUUGACAAGGACUCCUUCGUCGAGACUCUCGGCGGCUGGGCCCGUACCGUCGUCGUCGGUCGUGCUCGCCUCGGUGGCAUCCCCAUGGGUGUCAUCGCCGUCGAGGCCCGCUCCGUUGAGAACAUUACCCCUGCCGAUCCCGCCAACCCCGACUCUAUCGAGCAGAUCACCAACGAGGCUGGUGGUGUGUGGUACCCCAACUCCGCCUUCAAGACCGCUCAGGCCAUCAACGACUUCAACAACGGCGAGCAGCUGCCUUUGAUGAUCCUCGCCAACUGGAGAGGUUUCUCUGGUGGUCAGCGCGAUAUGUACAACGAGGUCUUGAAGUACGGUUCCUACAUCGUCGACGCCCUCGUUAAGUACGAGCAGCCCAUCUUCGUCUACAUUCCUCCCUUCGGAGAGCUUCGUGGUGGUUCUUGGGUCGUCGUCGACCCGACCAUCAACCCUGAGGCCAUGGAAAUGUACGCUGAUGUUGAUGCCCGCGGUGGUGUCCUCGAGCCCGAGGGUAUCAUUGGUAUCAAGUACCGCAAGGACAAGCAGCUCGAGACCAUGGCUCGCCUGGACCCCGUCUACGCCUCUCUUAAGAAGCAGAUGACUGCCGAUCUGCCCAAGGAGCAGGCCGACGAGAUCAAGAAGAAGAUGACCAUCCGCGAGAAGCAGCUCCUGCCUGUCUACUCCCAGGUUGCCAUCCAAUUCGCCGACCUGCACGACCGUGCUGGUCGCAUGAAGGCCAAGGGUGUCAUUCGUGACCAACUGGAGUGGGUCAACUCCCGUCGCUACUUCUACUGGCGUCUGCGCCGUCGUCUCAACGAGGAGUAUCUCCUCAAGCGCAUGUCGUCAACCGUCCUCACUUCCACCCCCGGCAACGACAAGUCCAAGGCUCCCGAGACCCGCAGCCGCAACCUCCAGCUCCUCGAGAGCUGGUCUGGUGUCGUCAACUUCUCCACUGCCGAUCGUGAGGUGGCUGAGUGGUACGAGGCCAACCGCAAGUCCGUCACUGACAGAAUCGAGACCGUCAAGGCCGACAACCUGGCUGCUGACCUCAGCUCUGUCCUGAGAGCCAACAAGAGCGCCGCCAUGCGUGGUGUUCGCGAUGUCAUCCGCACGAUGCCGCCUGAGGAGCGUGACCAACUCCUCAAGUACCUGCGCGAUUAA